AUGGUGCCAGCAAAUCGGUUUGGGGCCUACCACCAGGCCUGCCGUCUCGCCAAGAGGACCAACACAACUGAUAAGGGGACGACAUUUGAAGCGAGCGGUCCCCUCUUCCCCGACCAGCGCCGCCACUGUAGUCGGCAGGGGCUUUCCGACCCGCCGUUCCUGAAAGGUUUUUCCUGGUUGUACAGCUGCAAUAAAGGACUUCCCGUCAGCUGGUCAUGUGCUGCGGGAGAAGACAACGAUCAGCCGGCAGGGGGCGCCCUGCAGCCGCCGCGGCGCAUGCGCAAUAGGGAGAGGACAACGAGCCGCCGGCAGGGGGCGCGCUGCAGCCGCCUCUGCGCAUGCGUAGAAAAAGACGACGACCAGCCGGCAGGAGGCGCCCUGCAGCCGCCGCCGCGCAUGCGGAGUAGGGAGAGGACAACGAGCUACCGGCAGGGGGCGCCCUGCAGCUACCUCCGCGUUUGCGCGCUGCCGCCGCGCAUGCGGAGUAGGAAGAGGACAAAGUCGCCGGUAGGGGUCGCCCUGCAGCUGCCGCCGCGCAUGCGGAGUAGGAAGAGGACAAAGUCGCCGGUAGGGGUCGCCCUGCAGCUGCCGCCGCGCAUGUGGAGUAAGGACAGGACAACGAGCCGCCGGCAGGGGGCGCCCUGCAGCUGCCGCCGCGCAUGCGGAGAAGAGGAUAAGGAGCCGCCGGCAGGGGGCGCUCUGCAGCCGCCGCCGCGCAUGCGGAAGGAGGACAACGAGCCGCCGGAAGGGGGCGCCCUGCAGCUGCCGCCGCGCAUGCGGAGUAGGGCCGGAGCGCGGACUACAAGUCCCGUGGUGCACAGCGGGCGGGGCGCCUGCGCGGCGGCUGCCGCCGGUUUCCCCGCCAAAUUCCUCUUGUCGCCGGGCGGGCGAGCCGAGCGGCCGGCCGCCAUGGCGGAGGCAGGGGUCGCGGAGCCUUGCUUGGACCGUGUCGGAGCCGCGGGGCAGGAGCAGCGCCACCUGGAGGCCGUUGCCAUGGCAGCGCGCGGCGCCGUGGAGACCGCGCGGGACCCCCAGGUGGCCGCGGAGGAGGCGGCGGAGGCCGAGACCCGUCCAUCAGUGCCCGGCCCCGAGGGAACCGGCGAGACCGCGCCCGCCUCCCGGGAGCCUCCGGACGAUGACCCGGAUCCCGGCCCCCCGGGACGGGCUUCCGGCCGGUGCUCCUGGCGGAGGUCCAGCCUGAAGGGGACGUACCGGCGGAGAUCGCUUCCUCCCUUUCACCAGGGCAUCACAGACCUCAGCCAGGCCAUCGACAAGGAGAUGGCGGCCGACAAGCGCCUGGGCCGGCUCCUCCUCUCCAGCUUCCAGUUCUCAGUCCUGCAGGUUGAGCCCCUCCUGAAGCAGAUGGACGGCUUCGACUUGGACAGCUUCAGAGCCAAGGCGGCUUCGGUGACGGAGGAGUUCGCGCGCUACACGGAGCGACUGGAGCGCGACGGGACCCUGCAGAGGUGUUGUGAGCCGCGCCCGGGGUCAUCCCCCAACUCGGGCAUGGAAGCAGCGGUGGGCGAGAUGAAGGACUACAUAACCAGGUUCUCCUCCGAGUGUCGGGCGUGGGAUCAGUUGCUGCUGCACUACGAGGACACGGCCAAAGAAGUGUCGAGGCCCCGGGAGGACGCCCAAGUCGCGGCCGAUCAGGUGGACCCCGCCUGGUACCUGGAGACGUCGCAGAGCGAGGUCCUCAGCUCCAAGCCCGACUACGGGCAGAUCGUCAGCGGCCAGGGCCAGGUCUUCGAUUGCAUGGAACUGGUGAUGGACGAGCUGCAGGUGUCGAUGAGGCAGUUGAAGGCCUUUAUGGACGACAGCACCCGGCUCCUCCAGAAGAUGUCCGGCCGGCUCGGGUCAAGAACCUUUCGGCGGCUGGACAACUCCCCCGCCCGCAAACUGCUCAAGUCGCAGCCACCCAAGACCCCCGGCUGACGUCCAGCAAGCUCCCCCGCGGACCCGUCGCCGACCGCCCGGCCUCCGAUGCUUCAACUGUUGCUCCGCUGUUAUCAGCUCCGCGUUAAUGAAAUGAUUAUCUCUAAAUUAUCUCGCGUCAGCUUU